UGCCAGGAGAGGGAUUGCCUGAGCCCAAGGCCUGGAUGGGCAGCUUCCUCAGGGGUGACAGGGGCGGCUUCCUGGCCCUCCUGGCCUGGCUUCAGCUUCUUCAGCCUCUGUUCAGUGGUACUUACAGACCCAGGGAGGGUUCCAGAGUGAUGCGCACAGGUCUAGAGACCCCAGCACAGAGGAACCACAUAAAACCCCUGAGUAUUUCAGAUCCUUCGGUAGCUCCAGUGUCUCCAGACCCAACUGGGACUCCAGGGCCAAGGACUCCUUCACCGACCACAACCCAAGUCACCUUGAAAUCCAGUAGCAGGUUUCCAGGAAGACCGUUUUUCCCAGAACCAUGUGGCCAUAGAAUUAUGCAGUUCAGUCGCGGAAGGCCGUCUGCAGUGAGGAAGUGGCCGUGGCAGGUGAGCCUGCAGAGCAGAAAAGAACACAUAUGUGGAGGCUCCCUCAUCAGCCGCCAGUGGGUGCUGACCGCGGCCCACUGCAUAUAUGACCAGGAGGAAUACGCCGUGUUGCUGGGAGACAACAUGUUGAAUCCUGAAUCUGGAAAUGGGACUCUGAUCCCAGUAAAAGACAUCAUUUAUCCUUCCAAUUUUGACCUUCAAACCCUGCAGAGUGACAUUGCUCUUGCUCUGCUGGUCUCCCCUGUGAAUUUCUCCUCAUUUAUCCAGCCUGUGUGCCUUCCUGGGAAGCCCUUCCAAGUGAAGAAUGGGACAUCGUGCUGGGUGACUGGCUGGAGCCGCCAGAGUGAAAACGACACGGCGUUCGCUUCAGUCCUCUUGCAGGAGGCUCAGGAAAGCAUCCUCCUGCCGAAGCUCUGUAAUCACCUGCUCCAGAGACAGCUAAAAACAUCAGAAGACCUGGUGAUGAAAGGGAUGAUCUGUGGCCACCAUGACAAGGGACAGAGUCCUUGCUGGGGAGAUUCUGGGAGCCCCCUUGUCUGUGAAUCUGACAACAGGUGGAUCCAGGUGGGGAUUGUGAGCUGGGGCAUCAACUGUGGUCGUACCUCUAUUCCCUCAGUUUACACAGACAUCGCUGAAUACAACGAAUGGAUCAAGUAUAUUUUAAGUCAGGCUUCCUGCAUGGAUUGCAUGGGAGUCUUGAUCCUACACCUGUCUCUGAUGCUGCAAUUGGCCGUCUUGGUAACGCUGUGACCUCCUUAGCCUACUGUCUUCCUGCUGGUUUUGAGUCUCCCACUA